AUGCGGACGCAUGGAUUGAUCGACUACUCUGCUACUUGGGAUGAUGUUCUGAACCGAGAGAGCAAGAACACCCUAUUAAUACCAGGCAAGUUUCCAGUGUUUCCGACAGACCUUACCACGAAUCUUAUCCACGGCACAGAUCCUACGAUAGAGGGCCCUUUCCCACUCGAUCAAAUCCCAGCCGAGCGAGCAGGAACACCAGAAGAUGUAAUGGGAUCUUUACUGUAUUUGGCAUCUCGAGCCGAAGCUUAUUGCAAUGGAAACUGUGUUCUAACAGAUGGAGAACGUUUGAGCGUGACACCAGCCACCUAA